AGGCUUCGUGGAAGUAGGACAUUCCUCGUAUUCCGGAUUUACACAAUUACGAGCAUGACAUGCCACAGUUUCGCCGGGCAAUGAAAGAUGAACGAGCACUCGACGAGGUGACAGCGGUGAAUGUGAACGGAAUCGCGUUCCUCGUUCGCGGUCCCAAAGCGCUGGAGUGUUGAUUUCCGUCGGACUGUAAGAAGUAUGGCGAGCUCCCCUUCCUCGCCGGCUGCCCCGGGACUCGGGCAGCAAAAGUUGCCGAGAACAUUCAGCACCAGCGUGUUGCGCAUCAAGCACAGGAGUAGCUUUUGGGAAAAGAUAUAUCCAGAGCUGGUUCGUCGAAAAGACACCGGGAACGUGACUUCCUUGGGGGUGAUUGAAGAGCCGGGGUCGUUGGAACGGAAGUCGGUUGAUGGGUCGCUUCCAAUUCCUCUGCCUCAUCGGGCCCGCAGUGAACUGUCCUUCGCCGCAGCCUCGAGGGACUUGCGUCCAGCGACGUUUCAUAGGAAAUGA